AUGGCGGCAAGCUCUACUAUCAUCUGGGUUGGUAGUGCAGCUGCUUCACCAUUUGGAGGUAUUCUACUUGACAAAUUCGGCCGGAAGAAGGGUAUCCUACUAGCUGCUGUUAUCUCACUUACCGGAAUUGCUUUGCAGAGCGCGGCUCAGAACGUUGCCAUGUUCAUCGUCGGCCGAUUCAUUCUCGGGUGCGGAGUAGGACUUAGCUCGAUUGCUUGUCCGACAUAUGCGUCUGAAGUUGCCCCAACCAAGUACCGUCCGCUCAUGCUAGGAUUCUAUUACGAUAUCUGGUAUUUCGGAGGUAUGGUUGCAGCUAUCAUCACUUACGGAACGUCUCAGAUUGAUAGCACUUGGUCCUGGCGAUUGCCUUCCCUCUUUCAAGUAAUUCCAAGUUUUCUAUGCUUGGCAAUGCUGCCUCUCAUCCCCGAGAGUCCGCGAUGGCUCAUUGCACAAGGCGAGCACGAAAAAGCACUUCAUGUGCUGGCUGCCACCAUGGCAAACGGUGAUAUCACCGACGAUGACGUACUGGGUGCCUACGACCAGAUUUGUUCUACUAUUGCGUAUGAGAAGGAGAACCCUGCCUCUCAAAAUUGGCUUGAAGGCAUCAAAUUACCGUCGAACAGGAAGCGAGUUAUGUUAGCUGUAUCAGUUGCCAUUAUCGGGAACCUAAGUGGCAGCGCUAUAGCCUCUCAAUUACAGAUCAACAUCGCCCUCAAUGUGUGGUGUUUCGCUUGUGCAGUGGCAGGAACACUACUUGCGGAUAAAAUCGGACGCAAGCCUCUUGGUAUUGGAAGUUUAGUUUUUGCUCUGGUUUUCCUAUAUCUGGUCGGAAUCUUUACUAAGAUGUAUGGUUCUUCAACUGACACUAGAGCCGUUUAUGGAACUGUUGCCUGUAUAUUCUUUUUCCAAGGCGGCUAUAGUUUUGGCUGGACAACACUGCUUGUCAUGUAUCCUACAGAAGUCCUGAACUUUUCUCUCCGAGCAAAUGGCAUGAGCAUCUAUACAUUCACAUCCAACUCAGCAAGGUCAGUCUAUAUUGCAGUGUCUGUUCACAGCGGAGUUAUUGCUGAUGAUCUGAAUGAUUAG